AUGGGCCUACGACCUAGAUAUAAUGUGACGUCUGUGACAGAGUUCAUCCUGCUGGGGCUGACAGAGAGGAAGGAACUGCAACCAGUCCUUUUUCUUCUCUUUCUCUUAGCUUAUGCAGCCACAGUUUGUGGCAACCUAAGCAUCCUGGCCGCCAUCUUGGUAGAGCCCAAGCUGCACACUCCAAUGUACUUCUUCCUGGGGAAUUUGUCACUGCUGGAUAUCGGGUGUGUCAGCGUCACAGUGCCCCCAAUGCUGGUUCGACUCCUAUCCCAAGAACAAGCCAUCCCCUUUGCCACCUGCCUGUCUCAGCUCUUCUUUUUCCACCUACUGGCUGGUGUUGACUGCUUUCUGUUGACUGCCAUGGCCUAUGACCGCUUCUUGGCUAUCUGCCGCCCUCUCACCUAUACAACUCGCAUGGGCCGAGGGGUGCAAGGAGUGCUGGUAGCUGCGUCUUGGACCUGCUCCCUUGGUAAUGCACUGACCCAUACUGUGGCACUGUCCACACUUGACUUCUGUGGCCCCAAUGUAGUAAACCAUUUCUACUGUGACCUCCCUCCUCUCUUUAGCCUAGCCUGUUCCAGUACUCACCUUAAUGAGAUGCUGCUCUUUGCUCUGGGGGUCAUCAUGGCAGGAGUCCCCAUGGUCCUCAUCGUCACCUCCUACCUGCAAGUAGCAGCCGCCGUGCUGCGGAUCCGCUCCGCGGAGGGCAGGAGAAAGGCCUUUUCCACUUGCAGCUCCCACCUGGCUGUCGUGGGCAUCUUCUAUGGGGCUGGCAUCUUCAGCUACAUGCGCCUGGGCUCCGUCGAGGCCUCAGACCAGAGCAAAGGGGUCGGAAUCCUCAACACUGUUCUCAGCCCCAUGCUCAAUCCACUCAUCUAUAGCCUCCGGAACCCAGAUGUGCAGGGAGCCCUGCGGCGGGUUUUCACAGGCCGGCGGGUCUCAGCCUGA